AUGUUCAGAGUGCGAUUAUCCUACGUUUUCUUUAUAUUUCUUGUAUUUUUCACUUUGAAAACGAACGGAUGUCGACCACCUCUUCCUUGUAAAGAUGGUAUAUGCAUUACUUCAACCGAAGUGAGCAGUACAACUACUUCAAAACCUCCACUAUAUUUCACUGAAACGUCAGAAGGUACAUCCACUAUGACAGUUCCAAACGAUUCAACUACAGAAGGCCCAUCGUCUACAGUCACAAAUUCUGCAAGUAGUGAGACUCCAUGUAAUUCUGAAACACAAACGUCUGAUGGAACAUCCCCUAUGACAGUUUCAAGCGAUUCAACUACAGCAGGCCCAUCGUCUACAGCCACAAAUUCUGCAAGUAGUGAGACUCCAUGUAAUUCUGAAACACAAACGUCUGAUGGAACAUCCACUAUGACAGUUCCAAACGAUUCAACUACAGCAGGCCCAUCGUCUACAGUCACAAAUUCUGCAAGUAGUGAGACUCCAUGUAAUUCUGAAACACAAACGUCUGAUGGAACAUCCACUAUGACAGUUCCAAACGAUUCAACUACAGCAGGCCCAUCGUCUACAGUCACAAAUUCUGAAAGUAGUGAGACUCCAUGUAAUUCUGAAACACAAACGUCUGAUGGAACAUCCACUAUGACAGUUCCAAACGAUUCAACUACAGCAGGCCCAUCGUCUACAGCCACAAAUUCUGCAAGUAGUGAGACUCCAUGUAAUUCUGAAACACAAACGUCUGAUGGAACAUCCACUAUGACAGUUCCAAACGAUUCAACUACAGCAGGCCCAUCGUCUACAGCCACAAAUUCUGCAAGUAGUGAGACUCCAUGUAAUUCUGAAACACAGACGUCUGAUGGAACAUCCACUAUGACAGUUCCAAACGAUUCAACUACAGCAGGCCCAUCGUCUACAGCCACAAAUUCUGCAAGUAGUGAGACUCCAUGUAAUUCUGAAACACAGACGUCUGAUGGAACAUCCACUAUGACAGUUCCAAACGAUUCAACUACAGCAGGCCCAUCGUCUACAGCCACAAAUUCUGCAAGUAGUGAGACUCCAUGUAAUUCUGAAACACAGACGUCUGAUGGAACAUCCACUAUGACAGUUCCAAACGAUUCAACUACAGCAGGCCCAUCGUCUACAGCCACAAAUUCUGCAAGUAGUGAGACUCCAUGUAAUUCUGAAACACAAACGUCUGAUGGAACAUCCACUAUGACAGUUCCAAACGAUUCAACUACAGCAGGCCCAUCGUCUACAGCCACAAAUUCUGCAAGUAGUGAGACUCCAUGUAAUUCUGAAACACAAACGUCUGAUGGAACAUCCACUAUGACAGUUCCAAACGAUUCAACUACAGCAGGCCCAUCGUCUACAGCCACAAAUUCUGCAAGUAGUGAGACUCCAUGUAAUUCUGAAACACAGACGUCUGAUGGAACAUCCACUAUGACAGUUCCAAACGAUUCAACUACAGCAGGCCCAUCGUCUACAGUCACAAAUUCUGCAAGUAGUGAGACUCCAUGUAAUUCUGAAACACAAACGUCUGAUGGAACAUCCACUAUGACAGUUUCAAGCGAUUCAACUACACCAGGCCCAUCGUCUACAGCCACAAAUUCUGCAAGUAGUGAGACUCCAUGUAAUUCUGAAACACAAACGUCUGAUGGAACAUUCACUAUGACAGUUUCAAGCGAUUCAACUACAGCAGGCCCAUCGUCUACAGUCACAAAUUCUGCAAGUAGUGAGACUCCAUGUAAUUCUGAAACACAAACGUCUGAUGGAACAUCCACUAUGACAGUUUCAAGCGAUUCAACUACACCAGGCCCAUCGUCUACAGCCACAAAUUCUGCAAGUAGUGAGACUCCAUGUAAUUCUGAAACACAGACGUCUGAUGGAACAUCCACUAUGACAGUUCCAAACGAUUCAACUACAGCAGGCCCAUCGUCUACAGCCACAAAUUCUGCAAGUAGUGAGACUCCAUGUAAUUCUGAAACACAGACGUCUGAUGGAACAUCCACUAUGACAGUUCCAAACGAUUCAACUACAGCAGGCCCAUCGUCUACAGUCACAAAUUCUGCAAGUAGUGAGACUCCAUGUAAUUCUGAAACACAAACGUCUGAUGGAACAUCCACUAUGACAGUUUCAAGCGAUUCAACUACAGCAGGCCCAUCGUCUACAGCCACAAAUUCUGCAAGUAGUGAGACUCCAUGUAAUUCUGAAACACAAACGUCUGAUGGAACAUCCACUAUGACAGUUUCAAGCGAUUCAACUACAGCAGGCCCAUCGUCUACAGCCACAAAUUCUGCAAGUAGUGAGACUCCAUGUAAUUCUGAAACACAAACGUCUGAUGGAACAUCCACUAUGACAGUUUCAAGCGAUUCAACUACAGCAGGCCCAUCGUCUACAGCCACAAAUUCUGCAAGUAGUGAGACUCCAUGUAAUUCUGAAACACAGACGUCUGAUGGAACAUUCACUAUGACAGUUCCAAACGAUUCAACUACAGCAGGCCCAUCGUCUACAGUCACAAAUUCUGCAAGUAGUGAGACUCCAUGUAAUUCUGAAACACAAACGUCUGAUGGAACAUCCACUAUGACAGUUUCAAACGAUUCAACUACAGCAGGCCCAUCGUCUACAGCCACAAAUUCUGCAAGUAGUGAGACUCCAUGUAAUUCUGAAACACAGACGUCUGAUGGAACAUUCACUAUGACAGUUCCAAACGAUUCAACUACAGCAGGCCCAUCGUCUACAGCCACAAAUUCUGCAAGUAGUGAGACUCCAUGUAAUUCUGAAACACAAACGUCUGAUGGAACAUCCACUAUGACAGUUCCAAACGAUUCAACUACAGCAGGCCCAUCGUCUACAGCCACAAAUUCUGCAAGUAGUGAGACUCCAUGUAAUUCUGAAACACAGACGUCUGAUGGAACAUCCACUAUGACAGUUCCAAACGAUUCAACUACAGCAGGCCCAUCGUCUACAGCCACAAAUUCUGCAAGUAGUGAGACUCCAUGUAAUUCUGAAACACAGACGUCUGAUGGAACAUCCACUAUGACAGUUCCAAACGAUUCAACUACAGCAGGCCCAUCGUCUACAGCCACAAAUUCUGCAAGUAGUGAGACUCCAUGUAAUUCUGAAACACAAACGUCUGAUGGAACAUCCACUAUGACAGUUCCAAACGAUUCAACUACAGCAGGCCCAUCGUCUACAGCCACAAAUUCUGCAAGUAGUGAGACUCCAUGUAAUUCUGAAACACAGACGUCUGAUGGAACAUCCACUAUGACAGUUCCAAACGAUUCAACUACAGCAGGCCCAUCGUCUACAGUCACAAAUUCUGCAAGUAGUGAGACUCCAUGUAAUUCUGAAACACAAACGUCUGAUGGAACAUCCACUAUGACAGUUUCAAGCGAUUCAACUACACCAGGCCCAUCGUCUACAGCCACAAAUUCUGCAAGUUGUGAGACUCAUUCGUCUACAGUCACAAAUUCUGCAAGUAGUGAGACUCCAUGUAAUUCUGAAACACAAACGUCUGAUGGAACAUUCACUAUGACAGUUUCAAGCGAUUCAACUACAGCAGGCCCAUCGUCUACAGCCACAAAUUCUGCAAGUAGUGAGACUCCAUGUAAUUCUGAAACACAAACGUCUGAUGGAACAUCCACUAUGACAGUUCCAAACGAUUCAACUACAGCAGGCCCAUCGUCUACAGUCACAAAUUCUGCAAGUAGUGAGACUCCAUGUAAUUCUGAAACACAAACGUCUGAUGGAACAUUCACUAUGACAGUUUCAAGCGAUUCAACUACAGCAGGCCCAUCGUCUACAGUCACAAAUUCUGCAAGUAGUGAGACUCCAUGUAAUUCUGAAACACAAACGUCUGAUGGAACAUUCACUAUGACAGUUUCAAGCGAUUCAACUACAGCAGGCCCAUCGUCUACAGUCACAAAUUCUGCAAGUAGUGAGACUCCAUGUAAUUCUGAAACACAGACGUCUGAUGGAACAUCCACUAUGACAGUUCCAAACGAUUCAACUACAGCAGGCCCAUCGUCUACAGUCACAAAUUCUGCAAGUAGUGAGACUCCAUGUAAUUCUGAAACACAGACGUCUGAUGGAACAUCCACUAUGACAGUUUCAAGCGAUUCAACUACAGCAGGCCCAUCGUCUACAGUCACAAAUUCUGCAAGUAGUGAGACUCCAUGUAAUUCUGAAACACAAACGUCUGAUGGAACAUCCACUAUGACAGUUUCAAGCGAUUCAACUACAGCAGGUCAAUCGUCUACAGCCACAAAUUCUGCAAGUAGUGAGACUCCAUGUAAUUCUGAAACACAGACGUCUGAUGGAACAUCCACUAUGACAGUUUCAAGCGAUUCAACUACAGCAGGCCCAUCGUCUACAGUCACAAAUUCUGCAAGUAGUGAGACUCCAUGUAAUUCUGAAACACAAACGUCUGAUGGAACAUCCACUAUGACAGUUUCAAGCGAUUCAACUACAGCAGGUCAAUCGUCUACAGCCACAAAUUCUGCAAGUAGUGAGACUCCAUGUAAUUCUGAAACACAAACGUCUGAUAAAACAUCCACGAUGACAUUUCCAAGCGAAUCCACUACAGCAGUUUCAACGUCUUCAGCUGCAAACAAUACAACCAAACAUUCGGGAGGCUGCCACAUUCCAACACGACAUCACUCUACAACCACAAGAGUUCCCAAUCCAGUCACCACUCCAAUUGUAUCGACAACUGGCAUAACGAGCUCAACUGAAUCCAGCUCCUCAAGCAACACUCCAAUUGUGUAUUCAACCGACAUAACGAGCUCAACUGAAUCCAGCUCCUCAAGCACCACUCCAAUUGUGUCUUCAACCGACAUAACGAGCUCAACUGAAUCCAGCUCCUCAAGCAACACUCCAAUUGUGUAUUCAACCGACAUAACGAGCUCAACUGAAUCCAGCUCCUCAAGCACCACUCCAAUUGUGUCUUCAACCGACAUAACGAGCUCAACUGAAUUCAGCUCCUCAAGCACCACCCCAAUUGUGUCUUCAACCGACAUAACGAGCUCAACUGAAUUCAGCUCCUCAAGCACCACUCCAAUUGUGUCUUCAACCGACAUAACGAGCUCAACUGAAUCCAGCUCCUCAAGCACCACUCCAAUUGUGUCUUCAACCGACAUAACGAGCUCAACUGAAUCCAGCUCUUCAAGCACCACUCCAAUUAUGUCUUCAACCGACAUAACGAGCUCAACUGAAUCCAGCUCUUCAAGCACCACUCCAAUUAUGUCUUCAACCGACAUAACGAGCUCAACUGAAUCCAGCUUCUCACGCACCACUCCAAUUGUGUCUUCAACCGACAUAACGAGCUCAACUGAAUCCAGCUUCUCAAGCACCACCCCAAUUGUGUCUUCAACCGACAUAACGAGCUCAACUGAAUUCAGCUCCUCAAGCACCACUCCAAUUGUGUCUUCAACCGACAUAACGAGCUCAACUGAAUCCAGCUUCUCACGCACCACUCCAAUUGUGUCUUCAACCGACAUAACGAGCUCAACUGAAUCCAGCUUCUCACGCACCACUCCAAUUGUGUCUUCAACCGACAUAACGAGCUCAACUGAAUCCAGCUCCUCAAGCACCACUCCAAUUGUGUCUUCAACCGACCUAACGAGCUCAACUGAAUCCAGCUCUUCAAGCACCACUCCAAUUAUGUCUUCAACCGACAUAACGAGCUCAACUGAAUCCAGCUUCUCACGCACCACUCCAAUUGUGUCUUCAACCGACAUAACGAGCUCAACUGAAUCCAGCUUCUCACGCACCACUCCAAUUGUGUCUUCAACCGACAUAACGAGCUCAACUGAAUUCAGCUCCUCAAGCGCCACUCCAAUUGUGUCUUCAACCGACAUAACGAGCUCAACUGAAUUCAGCUUCUCACGCACCACUCCAAUUGUGUCUUCAACCGACAUAACGAGCUCAACUGAAUCCAGCUCCUCAAGCAACACUCCAAUUGUGUCUUCAACCGAAAUAACGAGCUCAACUGAAUUCAGCUCUUCAAGCACCACUCCAAUUGUGUCGUCAACCGACAUAACGAGCUCAACUGAAUCCAGCUCCUCAAGCACCACUCCAAUUGUGUCUUCAACCGACAUAACGAGCUCAACUGAAUUCAGCUCUUCAAGCACCACUCCAAUUGUGUCGUCAACCGACAUAACGAGCUCAACUGAAUCCAGCUCCUCAAGCACCACUCCAAUUGUGUCGUCAACCGACAUAACGAGCUCAACUGAAUUCGAAUUCAGCUCCUCAAGCACCACUCCAAUUGUGUCGUCAACCGACAUAACGAGCUCAACUGAAUUCAGCUUCUCACGCACCACUCCAAUUGUGUCUUCAACCGACAUAACGAGCUCAACUGAAUCCAGCUCCUCAAGCACCACUCCAAUUGUGUCUUCAACCGAAAUAACGAGCUCAACUGAAUUCAGCUCUUCAAGCACCACUCCAAUUGUGUCGUCAACCGACAUAACGAGCUCAACUGAAUUCAGCUCCUCAAGCACCACUCCAAUUGUGUCUUCAACCGACAUAACGAGCUCAACUGAAUUCAGCUCCUCACGCACCACUCCAAUUGUGUCUUCAACCGACAUAACGAGCUCAACUGAAUCCAGCUCCUCAAGCACCACUCCAAUUGUGUCUUCAACCGAAAUAACGAGCUCAACUGAAUUCAGCUCCUCACGCACCACUCCAAUUGUGUCUUCAACCGACAUAACGAGCUCAACUGAAUCCAGCUCCUCAAGCACCACUCCAAUUGUGUCUUCAACCGACAUAACGAGCUCAACUGAAUUCAGCUCUUCAAGCACCACUCCAAUUGUGUCUUCAACCGACAUAACGAGCUCAACUGAAUUCAGCUCCUCACGCACCACUCCAAUUGUGUCUUCAACCGACAUAACGAGCUCAACUGAAUCCAGCUCCUCAAGCACCACUCCAAUUGUGUCUUCAACCGAAAUAACGAGCUCAACUGAAUUCAGCUCCUCACGCACCACUCCAAUUGUGUCUUCAACCGACAUAACGAGCUCAACUGAAUUCAGCUCCUCAAGCACCACUCCAAUUGUGUCUUCAACCGACAUAACGAGCUCAACUGAAUUCAGCUCCUCACGCACCACUCCAAUUGUGUCUUCAACCGACAUAACGAGCUCAACUGAAUCCAGCUCCUCAAGCACCACUCCAAUUGUGUCUUCAACCGAAAUAACGAGCUCAACUGAAUUCAGCUCCUCACGCACCACUCCAAUUGUGUCUUCAACCGACAUAACGAGCUCAACUGAAUCCAGCUCCUCAAGCACCACUCCAAUUGUGUCUUCAACCGACAUAACGAGCUCAACUGAAUUCAGCUCUUCAAGCACCACUCCAAUUGUGUCGUCAACCGACAUAACGAGCUCAACUGAAUUCAGCUCUUCAAGCACCACUCCAAUUGUGUCUUCAACCGACAUAACGAGCUCAACUGAAUCCAGCUCUUCAAGCACCACUCCAAUUGUGUCUUCAACCGACAUAACGAGCUCAACUGAAUUCAGCUCUUCAAGCACCACUCCAAUUGUGUCUUCAACCGACAUAACGAGCUCAACUGAAUCCAGCUCCUCAAGCACCACUCCAAUUGUGUCUUCAACCGACAUAACGAGCUCAACUGAAUCCAGCUCCUCAAGCACCACUCCAAUUGUGUCUUCAACCGACAUAACGAGCUCAACUGAAUUCAGCUCCUCAAGCGCCACUCCAAUUGUGUCUUCAACCGACAUAACGAGCUCAACUGAAUCCAGCUCCUCAAGCACCACUCCAAUUGUGUCGACAACCGACAUUACAAGCUCAACUGAAUUCAGCUCCUCAAGCACCACUCCAAUUGUGUCGUCAACCGACAUAACGAGCUCAACUGAAUUCAGCUCUUCAAGCACCACUCCAAUUGUGUCUUCAACCGACAUAACGAACUAA